AUCCAGCUUCCUCCACUUCACUCUGCUCAUCUCCUGGGACUCCUUGCUUGUGUGGAAGAUGUCCUGCUCCAGCCUGUGUGCCCCUGCAUGUGGCGUGGCCACCCCGGCCCCGCUGGCUGACAGCUGCAACGAGCCCUGCGUGCGCCAGUGCCCCGACUCCACUGUGGUGAUCCAACCCCCGGCCACCGUGGUCACCUUCCCCGGGCCCAUCCUCAGCUCCUUCCCACAGAAUGCUGUGGUUGGCUCAGCAGGCGUUCCCGCCGUCGGAUCGGGCAUGGGUGGCACCUUCGGACGCGGGGCCGGUUUUGGUGGCUAUGGAGGCCUGGGAGGCUAUGGAGGCUAUGGAGGCCUGGGAGGCUAUGGAGGCUAUGGAGGCUUUUAUGGCCUUGGCGGCUAUGGAGGCUAUGGCAGCUGUGGAUACGGCGGCUGGAGCCGAGGCCACAGGUACCUCAGCGGCAACUGUGGGCCCUGCUAAGCACAACACCGCCUCUGUCCGUGGUUGAAGAAGAGCUCUGGAGAAGUCCCAGCACAUCCGCACCUGUUGCCGUGUGGAAGGAUUUCCCUUCAGCUUCGCUGAGCUCCAGAGCUCGGAUGCCCCAUGCCUGCACAGAGACCAGCUCUAUCCUCCUCUGCUCCGCUUGAUCUUUGCUCCAGGUCUGGCCUCCCCAUGAUGUUGCAGCUCUUUGCUGGCUGCCUGCUCCUGUCCCUCUGCCCUCUGCAAGGAGAUGGGGACAUCCUCUGGCCAGGCUCAGACCUUCUGACCCCACAUCCCUGACCCCACAUCCCUCCUCCCUGGAACCUCCAAUAAAUUCUGGUUUGCAUCACA